AUGAGUUUCAUUAAAUUUGAACCUCAAUCAACAUCAACACCAAAAAAAAUCAAUUCAACACUUAUACCAAAUUUAUGUUCAACUCCACGACCUGUGCAUGUCCGUUAUUCAUUAUCGAAAUGUGCGCCGCUACCUAUUGAUACAUCAACACCAAAUACAAAGAAAACCAGAAAAUCGUUGGCACCUAAUAUUCAUCAUUUAAUUUAUCCAUCAAACAUUACAUCAACACACACAAUUAAAGUUUGGGUCUUAUAA